CACAAUCCCUUUCACGAAUGACACUUUGACGUCAUCGAAAACAUCAUGGUGGACUCGUGUGUGUGCAUUGUGCUAGACUUGGAUUAAAACGUCGACCAUAUGGAAUAUAUAUCGAAAAGCUGACCAUUAAAUACGAGCUAAUGUCAUCAUCCGUGUCACAGCCUCUCUGCAGUAGGACAGAAUGCUUCGCAGAUCCAGGAUCAGUGUACGUCCGAACGUCAGGCCAGCAGGCAGAGGGCCAGCCCCAGCCUCCUCCCAGGACACUCCACCUUCCCAGGAGGCUCAAGCUGCAGUCUCCGAGGACCUUCCCCAGGCAGGGGGCCAGUGCGUGAAGGACACCACCACAACUGCAGUGCUAGAAGCCUCCACAGAGUCCACCACACCCAGAGAGGAUGGAAAAGACCCAAAUGGCGAGGCUUCCAGCAGCACCCCCUCUGCCGGUCUUCAAAGGAGGAAGCGGUUCUCUGUCAUGCCAAACCUUGCCAAACCCCGGGUGGCCGCCACCCCAGCCCUCACCCGCUCCUCCCCCAGGACCCCCAAGUCCCCUGUGAAAGCGGGCACUGAGACUCCAGCUCCAACCCCUGAGGCCCCCAGCCAGCCAGAUUCUGGACCCCCACAGGGCAUGAGAUCCCCAAGGCGGAGGCCCUCUGGAGGUAGUAGGCAGGCCAAAGGACAGCCCAAACCCAGGCCACUGUCCCCAGCUUCCCCAGGCCCUACAACAACCUCUCUGGGGAAUGUGGCAGUGGAGAACUCAUCCUCGUCACAACAGACCCCGCAGGCACCAGGCGAAGGCAGCAUCCAAUCAGAUCUCCUGAAAAAAACACCAAUCAUUAAAGUUCCAUCCACUCCAUUAGAGAUGGUCCCAUCGUCCUCCCUUCCAGACAAAGAGGGUAUCUCAGUAUCAGAGCGAGCUAAGACUCUGGUCGCCAGGUCUGUGUCUGGUGGGCUCACCGGGCUGGCACCAGGGAAGUCCAGGCUUAGCAGGUUCCUGAAUGACCCAACAGACCUACAGAGGCUGGCUAAGGCCCGGAAGCUCAGAGAGCUGCUGAGACAGGAGAUGAACAAGGAAAAGAAACGGAGCAAAGCCAAGGUGUGUGUGAGCGAAUACACACUAGAUCCCUCUAAAAUGACCAUGAGAGAUCUCAUCUACUACCUGCCUGAUACCAACCCCAUGACGUCUUAUCUGGUAGAGGAACAGAGGGAGAAUGAGACUGUCCUCCCACUCACCCCACCAAGAGAAGAGUCACCUGAAAGACCCCCAACACCGGAGGCCCCAGCUGAGAUAGCCAGCCAGGGAGAUGAAGAUGUAGAUGAAGAUGAGGAUGACGAUGGGGUGAUGGUCCCGCGGGUGAAGGUGGCAGAAGACGGCUCUCUGAUCAUCGAUGAGGAGAGUUUGACGGUGGAGGUCUUGAGGCAGAAAGGGCCCAACCCAGCUGAUGAUAGAGACCCCAUCUUUGAGCGUGGCUCCACAACCACCUACUCAAGCUUCAGGAAGGGGACACACGUCAAGCCCUGGUCCAACAAAGAGACGGACAUGUUCUUCCUGGCCAUCAGUAUGGUGGGAACAGACUUCUCCAUGAUUGGACAGCUGUUCCCUCACCGCGGUCGCACUGAGAUCAAGAACAAGUUCAAGAAAGAGGAGAGAGCAAACAGCUGGAGGAUAGACAAGGCCUUCAAGGAGAAACGCAGGCUGGACCAUGAGUUCUUCACUAGUCUCCUGGAGAAGAUCUUGGCUGCAGAGGCAAAGAGGAACAAAAAUAACAAGUCCCCCACAGAGAAGAUAAGGAUCAAGAAAAAAAUCAAACAGAAAGAAAAGAAAGCAGCGAAGCAGCUGAGCGAUGUGGAGGAGGAGGGGUUAGACGCGGAGAUGGACACAGAGGAGGUGGAGGGAGAGAAGGAAAACGAGAACGUCUCUAACGAAGGGACCACGCUUUCUUCCGCUCCCACCCCUAAGAGAAAACGCAAAAGUAGGGAUGGUGGAGGAGAGUCCUCUCCUGAAGAAGCAAAGGAUGGAAAGAAAAAGAAGAUUGACCUAAUAACAAGUGAUCAAGAAGAGGCUGGUGUACCUGAAGAUUCUGAGGCAGGGCCUCCAGAGAGUUCAAAGCAGGCAGAAGAGCCUGUGGAAGCAGCCAUGGGACCUGUGGUGAUCAAACCAGCCCAGUUGUCCCGUGGCCGAUCCCAGAGACCUCUUCCUAACCUGGGUAGGAAGUGGGGCCAGAGGGGCCCCGAGCCCAAUACCAAGCCUAACGUUAAAGAUGGGGCCACACCUACAGAGGAGGAGAACACUGAAGAAGGGCUGUCUGAAGAACAGGUAGAUAAAGAUGCUUCCCCUUCAGUCAGUCAAAAGGAGAAGAAGAAAGCUGGUAAACUCUCUUCAUCUGAGGAAGAGGAGGAAGAAGCCAGUGAUAAACCCAUCAAACCCACCAGGUAUGGCAGAAUACCCAAAAAGACACAGCUCUUGAAUUACCCUGCAAAGGAGGAUGGGGACUCGCCCUCAGACUCUGCCCCUACUCCCGCCUCAGACGGAUCCCCCUCCACCAUGCCCAAAUCCAAACCAGCUACCAGGAGGGCCAAAAUCAAACCUGGCCCAGCCCUGCCAGGUAGGAUGGGCCAAUCAGCGGCUAGGAAAUCCAAGCUGGUCACCCUUAGGGCGUCCCAGUCUGAAGAUGAGGAUGAAGAUGAGGAAGAAGUAGCAUGGAGAGAGGAGGCGCAGGCCGAGGAGGACACCCACAAUCCCACAAGCCCAGAGGAGGAGAAUCAGGCACCUGCGUUCAUUCCCAUGAGCCUUCGCUCGCCACAACCUGUCGCCACAGAGGUUGAGGAGACCAUGGAGGAGCUCGAUAUCUCUGUCAACGUGCCUGAUGUCCUGGGUAUUUCCCAUGAUGCAUUCUGCCCUGACUCGUCAUGCGAGCGGGCACACGCUGGUGAAAUGGGCACAGUGCCCUGUGAACAUCAGUUGGACCUGUUAGUAGAUGUGAUAGACUUCCUGUCUCCAGAUAACAUGGAAGUAUCUGAGGAGAGCUACAACGAGGCAGCUAGAACCCUUCUGGCCAUCGGCAACCUCACCCACCUGUCUCAGGCGGCUGAGGCCUUCACUGCCGGAGCAGAUGAUAUCAUCACGGAAGAACGUUCCAAUGAGGACCAACUGUACCAGAUGACACCACAGCCCACUGACCAAUCACAAACUAGCACCAUUCCUUCUGAAUAUCUUAGGGUCACUGAGGCAUCACGAAUCGCUGAGGAUUCUGUACCUGUUGCCUCGUCAACAACAGCCUCUGUUCCUGUCACCACGACAACAGCCUCUAUCCCAGGCUCCAAAAUAACAGCCUGUGUCAUAAUUACCACGGCAACAGCCUCAGUCACCACGACAACAUCCUCUCCUCCAGUCACCUUGACAACAACGGCCUCUAUCCGAGUCACCACAUCAACGGCAUCUGUCCCAUUGCCUCAGAGCAGUGAUACGCCCGAUCUAGAAACUCCACCCAUAGAGGGGCCUCUCAGACAGAUGGAGGGGACUGAUAUUGGACACGCCUCCAAGAUGGAAUCAGGUUCUGAAGUGUCAGAGGGCUCAGAGCAACAGACAACCUCACAGAACAGGAGGAGCCACUUCCCUAAGGUCAAACCCAACCUGGGACGGGCUGCCAGGACCACACAACCCAAACAGACUACCACCACACUGUCAGAACCACCACAGACUACCACCACACUGUCAGAACCACCACAGACUACCACCACACUGUCAGAACCACCACUUGAGCCUAUGCUGAAUAUCACCACAACCUCAGAACCACAGCCUUCCAUGAUUAUCACCAUAGAGCCACCACUGCCUACUGAGAGUAUUAACACAGAGUCAGAAACGCAGCCCAAACAGAGAACUACCACACACUCAAAAUCACAAACCACCACCACACACUCCAAGCACCAGCCCACCACAAAUAUUAUCCCACACUCAGGACCACAGCCCAGUCAGAGAACCAGAGUAGCGCAUUCAAAACCACAGCCUACAUUGAAUACCACCACACAGUCAGAACCACCCCAGCCCACACUAAAUUCCACCACAAACACAUUCUCAAAACAACAAUCCACACAGAGUACCACCAUACUCUCACAACCACAGCCCACCUCAAGCCUUGAGCAGCCAGGUCCAGUUACACUCAGACCCAUAGUCCCAGAGUCCCCUCUGACGUCAUCAGAAGAGGUAAAUGGUCACGAUGGCCGUAAGGGAAAUACUUCCUCUUCCCUCAGUGCUGGAGGGUCCCAGUCAGGGACAUCAGACUCAGACCAGCCCAAACAGACAGGUCCUCUAACCCGUAGGGCCCGUUUACCUAAACCCAAACCCAACUUGGGUCUCACCGCCAAUGUCGAUACACGCUCUGCAGUCCAGGUACCAGAAAGCAGGCCAAGCACUGAAGUCCAGACACCAGAGGAAGCUGAUGAGGUUCCCAUGGAAAUACAACAGAUCCACCAAGUCGUCCCCCUUUCUGACAUCAUCGAUACGACCCAGGAGGAAAUACAACAGAUUCACCAAGUCAUCCCUCAUCCACCCAUAGAGGGGCCUCUCAGACAGAGGGAGGGGACUGAUAUUGGACACGCCUCUCAGGUGGAAUCAGGUUCUGAAGUGUCAGAGAGCUCAGAGCAACAGACAACCUCACAGAGCAGGAGGAGCCACUUCCCUAAGGUCAAACCCAAUCUGGGACGGGCUGCCAGGACCACACAACCCAAACAGACGACCACUACACUGUCAGAACCACCACAGACUACCACCACACUGUCAGAACCACAGCCCAUUCAGAGAACCAGAGUAGCACAUUCAAAACCACAGCCUACAUUGAAUACCACCACACAGUCAGAACCACCCCAGCCCACACUAAAUUCCACCACAAACACACUCUCAAAACAACAAUCCACACAGAGUACCACCAUACUCUCACAACCACAGCCCACCUCAAGCCUUGAGCAGCCAGGUCCAGUUACACUCAGACCCAUAGUCCCAGAGUCACCUCUGACGUCAUCAGAAGAGGUGAAAGGUCACGAUGGCCGUAAGGGAAAUACUUCCUCUUCCCUCAGUGCUGGAGGGUCCCAGUCAGGGACAUCAGACUCAGACCAGCCCAAACAGACAGGUCCCCCAACCCGCAGGGCCCGUUUACCUAAACCCAAACCCAACUUGGGUUGCACCGCCAAAGCCGCAACAUGCUCUGCAGUCCAGGCGCCAGAUGUGGCUUCCAGACCCAAAUCUGAGGUCCAGAGACUAGAUACUGGACCCUGCCCUAAAGUCCAGACACCAGAGGAAGCUGAUGAGGUUCCCAUGGAAAUACAGCAGAUCCACCAAGUCGUCCCCCUUUCUGACAUCAUCGAUACGACCCAGGAGGAAAUGCAACAGAUUCACCAAGUCAUCCCUCAUCCACCCAUAGAGGGGCCUCUCAGACAGAGGGAGGGGACUGAUAUUGGACACGCCUCUCAGGUGGAAUCAGGUUCUGAAGUGUCAGAGAGCUCAGAGCAACAGACAACCUCACAGAGCAGGAGGAGCCACUUCCCUAAGGUCAAACCCAAUCUGGGACGGGCUGCCAGGACCACACAACCCAAACAGACUACCACCACACUGUCAGAACCACCACAGACUACCACCACACUGUCAGAACCACCACAGACUACCACCACACUGUCAGAACCACCACAGACUACCACCACACUGUCAGAACCACCACUUGAGCCUAUGCUGAAUAUCACCACAACCUCAGAACCACAGCCUUCCAUGAUUAUCACCAUAGAGCCACCACUGCCUACUGAGAGUAUUAACACAGAGUCAGAAACGCAGCCCAAACAGAGAACUACCACACACUCAAAAUCACAAACCACCACCACACACUCCAAGCACCAGCCCACCACAAAUAUUAUCCCACACUCAGGACCACAGCCCAGUCAGAGAACCAGAGUAGCGCAUUCAAAACCACAGCCUACAUUGAAUACCACCACACAGUCAGAACCACCCCAGCCCACACUAAAUUCCACCACAAACACACUCUCAAAACAACAAUCCACACAGAAUACCACCAUACUCUCACAACCACAGCCCACCUCAAGCCUUGAGCAGCCAGGUCCAGUUACACUCAGACCCAUAGUCCCAGAGUCCCCUCUGACGUCAUCAGAAGAGGUAAAAGGUCACGAUGGCCGUAAGGGAAAUACUUCCUCUUCCCUCAGUGUUGGAGGGUCCCAGUCAGGGACAUCAGACUCAGACCAGCCCAAACAGACAGGUCCUCUAACCCGUAGGGCCCGUUUACCUAAACCCAAACCCAACUUGGGUUGCACCGCCAAAGCCGCUACACGCUCUGCAGUCCAGGUACCAGAAAGCAGGCCAAGCCCUGAAGUCCAGACACCAGAGGAAGCUGAUGAGGUUCCCAUUGAAAUACAACAGAUCCACCAAGUCUUCCCCCUUUGUGACAUCAUCGAUACGACCCAGGAGGAAAUACAACAGAUUCACCAAGUCAUCCCUCAUCCACCCAUAGAGGGGCCUCUCAGACAGAGGGAGGGGACUGAUAUUGGACACGUCUCUCAGGUGGAAUCAGGUUCUGAAGUGUCAGAGAGCUCAGAGCAACAGACAACCUCACAGAGCAGGAGGAGCCACUUCCCUAAGGUCAAACCCAAUCUGGGACGGGCUGCCAGGACCACACAACCCAAACAGACGACCACUACACUGUCAGAACCACCACAGACUACCACUACACUGUCAGAACCACCACAGACUACCACCACACUGUCAGAACCACCACAGACUACCACCACACUCUCAGAACCACAGCCCAUUCAGAGAACCAGAGGAGUGCAUUCAAAACCACAGCCUGCAUUGAAUACCACCACACAGUCAGAACCACCCCAGCCCACACUAAAUUCCAGCACAAACACACUCUCAAAACAACAAUCCACACAGAAUACCACCAUACUCUCACAACCACAGCCCACCUCAAGCCUUGAGCAGCCAGGUCCAGUUACACUCAGACCCAUAGUCCCAGAGUCACCUCUGAGGUCAUCAGAAGAGGUGAAAGGUCACGAUGGCCCUAAGGAAAAUAGUUCAUCUUCCUUCAGUGCUGGAGGGUCCCAGUCAGCGACAUCAGACUCGGAACAGCCCAAACAGACAGGUCCCCCAACCAGGAGGGCCCGUUUACCUAAACCCAAACCCAACUUGGGUCUCACCGCCAGAGCCGCUACGCGCUCUGCAGUCCAGGUACCAGAAAGCAGGCCAAGCACUGAAGUCCAGACACCAGAGGAAGCUGAUGAGGUUCCCAUGGAAAUACAACAGAUCCACCAAGUCUCCCCCCUUUGUGACAUCAUCGACACGACCCAGGAGGAAAUGGAACAGAUUCACCAAGUCAUCUCUCUUACUGACGUUAUUGAUUCUACCCAGGGCGAUAUGUCUGUCUUUACGGAGGGAAGCUUUUUCUCGCAACAAUGUGAUGCUGUCUUCAUACAGCACUCAGAAACGUCUGUGUCGACUGCUCCGUUGGACCAGACCCAGUCAGACCCGGAUGAGCCUAUAUUCAUCCUCUCCCUGACUGAAAUCCCAGUGCUCCCCGCAGGGGAGGAGAGUGGCUGCACAUCCCAGACCCUCUCUGAGCCUUUCCUUUUUCUACCAGACGCAGGCACUCAACUGCAGCAGAGCAGUGAUAUUGUUGCCCCCGGAGGUGGUUUGGAGAAAGGGAAUGCUGGUGUCCUUUGUGAAGUCCCUGAGCCUAUGUCAGUGGAUGAGGUCCUUCCUCAACCCUCAUACACCAGUAUCAAGGAAGUGGAGUCUGGCUCCACGGCGGGUCCAGUAGGUGUGUGUGCCUCGGCCAAACCCUCAGAAGACUCCAUGGCUGAUGCGGUGAGUGAGGACACGCAUCCUCCUAAGAAGAGGAAAGCGCCAGAGAGAGCCAGGAGAGUAGACAAACUGCAGGUGAGACCUAACACUGCAGUAAGGGAACAGACCAGUUGUUCGGCCCCUGCCAAGGAGGCUGUGUCACCCAUUACCCCAGACCAGACACCCUCUUUGACCACUACCACCCUAGACACUUACCACCUCACUGCCUCCAGUCCCCUGGCCCAGCCAGGCCCCACCGUCACGGGAACUGCAUCACAGCAGGGGAGUGUGGGCUGUUUCGAUCGUACAGAGACCGAGCACACGCCGACUGGAGGGGAGGACAAUAGUUCAGGGGCGGAGUCUCAGGCUGCCCGUCAAAUUACACCGCUGGCUAUGAGUGGCCCCUUGAGCAGGCCUGGUAGGAGACCCAGAGGAUUCCUGUCUUUCAUGUCCAAUAAGAACGCCUCCCCUGUAGCUGUUCCCCCCCGAGGUACCAGAGCAGCCGCUCGGAGGCCCCAGGUCAACACCACCCGCCCAGGGGGGAAACGGGCUGCUCCUGAACCUUCCACCACAACCAGAACCAUGCCUUCACCUUCCAUAAUGCAUUACACCACCACCCCCACUAGAGCCACCAGAACCACCACUAAGCCAGAUUUUUCCACCAGGGUGACUCAGGAAAAACCCUCUGAUGCCCUGGCCUUACACUCAAACCCAGAGCCCAGUACUUCCCUGUGUACUACAGCUACUGAGUCCUCUCAGGUGCCAGCCGCCCAGCCCAGUGCGUCUCCCUGUGUGGACAGCGGUUCAGCAGACGAGGAACCCAUCAACGUGUCCCAGUACUUCUUCAGUGACAUCUUCACCGAGGUCGAGGAGAAUGAGGGAUGAGAGACGGAGGAAGGGAAAGGAGAUCAAAAAGGCACUCUGACUCUUUGUUUGAAUCAAACUGGAGAACAAAAUGUUAAAUACUUAAGAAAACAUGUUUUUGUAUUUACCACUGAAAUUAUGUUUCUGCUUGCUUGUGUUUAUGCGAACAAGGUUUCAUGCUUGCAGCGAACAGAUUUGGCCACAAGAUGGCAACAGUGAAACCAAACUAGGGAUAAUUCCUCUUCAAAUUUUGGGGGGGACCAAACUGGCACGCCUUUAAGCUACUUUCCUAUAUUGAAUGAUUACGUUUAUUUGGCUAUUUUACCCCUAUCAUAUCAUCUAGCCUAUUGAGUAAUCUAUUCAUUCUAAUAACAUAUUUAUAUUUAUUUGGUUUACAUUUUUUCAAACCACAACAAGCCAGACAUUCAUGAUAAUUUCCCUCUAUCUGCAAGAAGGAGAAUACUUGAAAUCAGUGUCAACUCACUCUACUACAGGGACUUUCACAUUCAAAUUUGUGUUCUUAUUUGAAAUAUUGUUUACAUAGGUAGCCAUUGUCUAAACAUGAGCAUUGUGUGUAUAUAUGUUUAUUAUAAUUUAGAUCUGAUAUAUUGGAGGGGUAUGUAUCCUUAACAUUUACUUUGGUUUUUCACUCUUCAUGCAUGAACAAGACCCAGCUUUGCAGCUUGAGGGACAGCACAGCAAUGUCUCUUUAUUUCAUGCUCCCUGAAGAUACAGGAAAUAUAAUUUCAAAUGGCGCUGGAACAGAAUCAUCUAGUUUAAUCCAUGUACAGUGACAAACUCACAGAAACAGUGCACAGAUCAUGAGUCCAAUUUCAGUUCUCAAUUAUUGAUUAUGUUCUGCAGCCACUGUUGGUUCAAACUAACAUAGCUGUUCUGUAGCUCAUGUAAAAUAUGUGAAUAAAGUUUUAUACGUUAA